AAUGGUGUGCCACAUGAAAGGCCGCCUUCAGUGCCUUUCCCUCCGUUAUUCCGUUUCCGUUUCAUUGGUUCCGUAAUAUCCCUUAUUUUCUUCUUUCCCAUUUUCCUUAAAACUCGCUAAUAAAAUUUCCCAAGAAAUUUCAGGAAAAAAAAAACAAAAAACAAAACAAAACAAAAUUCCUAAUCCAAUUACCACUCUCCCCCCCUUCCCAAUCAAUCCCAUUCACCAUUUUUUCUUUAUGGUGUUAGGCUCGGUAUUUGAUUAGGAUUAAUUUGUUCAAAUGGCUUACAAGGUGGAUCAUGAAUACGAUUAUCUCUUCAAGAUUGUCUUGAUCGGUGAUUCUGGCGUUGGAAAAUCCAAUAUUCUCUCCAGGUUUACGCGUAACGAAUUCUGUUUGGAAUCCAAGUCCACCAUUGGUGUUGAAUUCGCUACACGGACUUUGCAGGUAGAGGGGAAGACAGUGAAGGCUCAAAUAUGGGACACAGCAGGGCAAGAGAGAUACCGAGCCAUUACAAGUGCUUAUUACAGGGGAGCAGUUGGUGCACUUUUGGUUUAUGAUAUAACCAAGAGACAAACCUUUGACAAUGUCCAAAGAUGGCUACGUGAACUGAGAGACCAUGCUGAUUCCAAUAUCGUGAUCAUGAUGGCCGGAAACAAGGCGGAUCUUAACCAUCUCCGGGCAGUUUCCGCGGAAGAUGCUCAGCUUUUGGCAGAAAAAGAAGGGCUGUCAUUCCUUGAAACUUCAGCUUUGGAGGCCUUGAAUGUUGAGAAGGCUUUCCAGACCAUUUUGCUUGACAUUUAUCAUAUCAUUAGCAAGAAAGCUUUGGCUGCUCAGGAAGCCACCUCCAACCCCGGCCUCCCUCAUGGCACGACCAUCAACGUCGCGAAUCUCUCAGGCAAUUACAGCAAGAGAAGUUGUUGCUCCAAUUGAUCAUGUGAUAUGAUGUGGUUUUGGGGGACAAGAUCAACCAAAAAAGAAAAAAGAGAGAGAGAGAGAGAGAGAAAUAGUAAAAAAAAAAAAAAGGUUUUUGUUGUAAAAGGCAAGAUGAAUAGAGAGAUACCCUUUUCAAUAUAUAUUUUUUCAUAGAUGGAAAGGAGAGAAGAGAGAGAAUCAAAGUGAACUCAGGCUGCUUCUUCCAUUUUUAUCUAAACUAAUUUUGUUUGUUUCAAUGGAAAAAUGAGACAUUUUUCAUCCA